AUGAGCGCCUGGAGACCCGGGAGCUGGUCCCUCUCCUCGCCGGGGAGGGGACCCGGGUCGUGGCGGUGCUUCUGGUGGUGGGUGGUGGCGUUUGGGGUGACGGCGGGCUCGGGGGAUCCGUGGAUGUCCGGGGAUGUGUGCUCCUCGUCCUGCUCCUGCAGCAGCACCAGGAUCACUUGCGUGGACCCGGAGCGUAGUAUCAAUACUUUCCCAAUCCUGCAGAGCGAGGCGGAGAUGGAGAACAUCACCGACAUCUACAUUGCAAACCAGAGCGGCUUCUCCUCCAUCAAUGACAAAGACCUGCACUACUACAAGAACCUCAAGAACCUAACGGUGACCAACAGCAGGCUAACAUAUGUGUCAAAGCUGGCCUUUCAGAGCAACGUCAAGCUACUGUAUCUGAAUCUGAAAGAUAACAACCUGUCAUCUCUAUCCUGGAGGAUAUUCAAACACAUCAACAUGACCUAUAUGAUCCUGACAGGGAACCCUCUGCAUUGCUCUUGUGAGAACAUGUGGAUCAAACUUUCGUUAGCCGAGGAAGCAGACAUUCAGGAAGUGCGCUGCAUCGAGGAUGGAGGAACACGGAAGCUGCUGUCAGAACUGACACUGCCUAACUGUGAGGUUCCCACGGCAACGUUGAACUCCACAUCGACCAUAAAGGAAGGGGAGGAUCUUCAGCUGAUCUGCGAAACCUCUGGUGUGCCUUCGCCCGAGCUGAUCUGGAACAUGGCACUGGUCUCUCCUUAUGAGAUUGCGACAUCAGGCCAGGUUUCUACUCUGAUUCUUACCGAUGUGUCCUCAAUGGAUCACAACAAAAAGAUUAGUUGCAACGCAGAGAACAUUGUUGGAGGGAAGGAGUCUUCUGUGACCCUGGAUGUACGAUUUGCACCUAAGAUCGUAAAGCUGAGUGAUGCAAUCCCAGACCAUCACUGGUGCAUCCCCUUCAGCAUAGAAGCAAACCCAAGACCGGUUAUUGACUGGUAUCAAGACGGUAAAAAGGUGCCAGAGGAUGAUUACAUCCAGACUCAGAUCUAUGAAGAGGCAGCGGGAGAAGUCCAUGGCUGUCUACAACUGGACAAUCCCACACACCUGAACAAUGGGCGGUACACACUGGUCGCUACAAACAAGUAUGGGUCAGAUCAAAAGGACGUGGAAGCUCACUUCAUGUUAAAACCCUUGGAUGAGGCUCCCCCUGUGGAACCACCUGAAGACAAAGUAGCUGUGUAUAUCGUGGUGGGGAUUGCUGCGGUGGCCUUCACUGGUUUCCUUCUAAUGCUGGUUAUUCUAAAGUUUGGUGGAAACUCCAAGUUUGGCCUCAAGGGCUGUGUGUUGUUUCAGAACAUCCCAGUGGAG